UCUGUAGAGAGAAGUGGGUUAAAACCAAUUUUGUUGAACGAGAGCAUAUGUUUUGUUACGCUCGGAUCCUUCUCUAUAUAUAUUUAUAGCUUUAUAGCUCCAAACUGCAACCGCGUUGCUACGUCAGUCUGCGCAUCUUCACUCUCUGCGCGCAACCUUCACGGCUCCGGCGCGCGUGCCAAAGCCAAUAGUUUCUCUGGCAACUCUGGCACAGACAGUGCUAUUCUGCCAGAGGUCACAAGAAGGAGAUACGGCACAUUUCUGACUGUGUUGGUGGGUGUGUACAUUUUUAUAUACAUUUAAAGGAAAGACAGUUUUCUUCCCCCUUGCCGUACUUUCCAGUCCGCGCGUCACCAUUUCCUCCAAAAACGAGCCGGACUUUUUAGCGCGAGCUUCCCGGGUGCACCACAGCAAGCGAAUAAUUGGCGCGGUCGUGGGCAUCGUCAUGAUCGUGGCGCUGGUCAUCGCAAUUCCGCUUCUGGUCCAGACCUCAGUGGUUUCAACGCACUACGAAAUGAUGGGCACUUGUCGGAUGAUCUGUGAUCCGUACAACCCCAAACCGAGCGCCACGGCGCUGGAGGUGAUGCAGGAUCUCAGUGCUAUCCCACCAUCUUUCACUCAAGGGACUAGAGGGGAACCGGGGCGACCGGGCAAACCGGGUCCCAGGGGUCCACCUGGCGAACCGGGUCCACCUGGUCCAAGGGGACCACCUGGAGACUCCGGCAAGCCUGGAUUUACCGACAUCACAUCGGGAACGGCGAGGACUGAGACAGGAGACAUUGGUCAAGCGUUGGGGAACAACAAGAUCGCGUUUUAUGUGGGUCUCAAGAACCCUCACGAAGGCUACGAGGUGCUCCGCUUUGAUGAUGUUGUGACAAAUGUGGGCAAUCACUAUGAUCCCACUACCGGCAAGUUUACGUGCCAGGUAUCGGGGAUUUACUACUUCACCUACCAUGUGCUGAUGCGCGGAGGGGACGGGACAAGCAUGUGGGCAGACCUCUGUAAAAACGGACAGGUUCGGGCGAGCGCCAUCGCGCAAGACGCCGAUCAGAACUACGACUACGCGAGCAACAGCGUCGUGCUGCACCUGGACUCUGGCGACGAGAUUUAUGUCAAACUCGACGGAGGAAAGGCGCACGGAGGAAACAACAACAAAUACAGUACAUUUUCUGGGUUCAUUCUGUAUCCAGACUGAGCUGCCACCUGCUUCGUCUCAAGCUGACUGUUGAUGAAUCUCCUCUCUCCGCGCGGCACACUCUCUCGGCACUUCAUUGUCAUUCCUGUCCGUAGUGUCGCUGGGAAUAUAAGGGUCAUCUGAACUCAGCACCAGUGUGAGAAUAUGUUGUCUGAAUUUGUCCCCUUCUGUUUAAUGAUGUCUUGUGUUUGGCUAUUAUAACCAAUUAAACGAAACGCGUUAAUUAUGCACAAGGAUGGUUAUCAAGAUACAACACUUUAAUGAUUCAUAUCUGCGUUGUUCUCCGGGUAAUUUUUGCUCAAAUUGAAUUAUUUUCCUGCAUUUAUGAGCCCCUAGUGGACCCUAGUGUGAUGCGAUUUCUGGUUUUAGCUAAAUUGCUUUCAUGUAGACAUGGACAAGCUUAUUUUGCUCUAAAUCUGGACAAGUGCAAACAAAAAGGUUUUAAGCAUUUCAGCUUCUUGGGAAAAAACAAAACCAAAACUAAAUGGAUAGCUCACCCAAAAAUCUUCUGUCGUCAUUUGCUUAUUCGUGUUCCAAACCUUAAUGACUUUCUUUCUUUUGUGUAACCAAGAAAGAGAUAUUUUGUAACAUGUCUCAGCUUUUCCUUCCCAUAACAAUGAAAGUCAGUGGGGUCCUAUCUUAUUUGGACCUACAGCAUUCUUCAAAAUAUCUUUGGUUACAACAGAAAGAAAAUCAUCAGGUUUGGAAUGACCUGAGGGUGAGUCAGUGAUGAAAGGAUCUUUUUAAUAUAUAUAUUUGGCUGAGUUAUGCCUUUAAACUCCCAAAUUAAACUCAACUGCAUAAGAGUUUAUUUUGAAACAUACAGCUGAGCAAUAGAGUAUAGUGCAUUUUCAGUUUGUAUUUAAAUAACAAACCUGUGUGUGUGUGUGUGUGUGUGUGUGUGUAUGUGUGUGUGUGUGUGUGUGUGUGUGUGUGUGUGUGUGUGUGUGUGUGUGUGUGUGUGUGUGUGUGUGUGUGUGAACUCUGGGACUUGACGUUUGACCUCACACAGGUUCUUCUGAGAUCUUAAGCAAUAACAAUGCCUAUUACAAUGAGCAUACCAAACAUCACUGAAAGAGAAAGUGAUGUCUAUUGCGAUCAACCAAAUAAAGUCCAUGCAUUAAAAUGGCCAAAAUUCCAACCACUUACUCUAUUCUGAAAAACAAAGUUAUUCUGAGUUAUUCUGGUGUGCUUUUUGAUUGGUAAUUGGUGCCUGUACAUUCAGAUGUUUUAUGUUCUGCAAUAGAUGGAAGGUUAAUAAACAUCCUCAAACAAAGUGUCUGUUAAUC